GUGCGAGAUCUGUGGUGGGUCCAUCAAAAUUAGGGUUUUGAUUCCCGCAACUCGGCAUCCUAGAUCCCAUCAGUGUCAGCCAUAAUCUCCUCUCUCCCAGAUACCAUCUCGCUCAGCCAGCAUGUCAGGCGGCGGUCUUGCCGGGAACAGCUCUCUCGACGAUGAGCUGGCGCGGAGCCACGUGGUGCGGCUGCGCGGGCUACCGUUCAGCGCGACGGAGGGCGACAUCACGGCCUUCUUCAACGGGCUCGACAUCGCGCCGGACGGCAUCGUGCUGCAGCUCAACUACCAAGGUCGGGCGACAGGUCAGGCGUUCGUUCGCUUCGUCGAUUCCGAGAAUGCGACCAAGGCGCUCGACCGCAACAGGCAGCACAUCGGAUCGCGCUAUAUCGAGGUUUUCAAGGGCCACGUAGCAGAUAUGGAGGGGGCCUUGCGGAUGGCUGGGCGGGGCGCGGCUGCUGCUGGUUCGGGUGCUGGUGGUCCGGGGGCGGGGGCGGCCAAUAUGGGCAUGGCUCCCAAUAUGGCGGCGGCGGCAUCUGGGAUGGUUGCGGGUGGUGCGGGUGGUGGGGUGCCAGGGAUGGCGGGCAACACGGACAUGCGCUACAGCGGCGUCAUCCGCAUGCGCGGCAUGCCCUACAGCGCGACGUCGGCGGACAUAGCGGCGUUUUUCAAGGGCAUGCAGGUGGCGCACGACGGCAUCUUCGUGUGCUCGCACCCCGACGGCCGCGCCACCGGCGAGGCGUUUGUGGAGUUCGCGAAUGAGGAGACGGCGGCGAGAGCGCUGCAGCUGCACCGGGAGCCCAUGGGCCAUCGGUACGUGGAGCUGUUCCGCAGCACCAAGGGCGAGAUGAUGGCGGCGGUGCAGCAGCGCAUGUACUCCAUGUUCGGCGGGGGCAUGCCGCCCUUCAUGGGCCCGGUGCCGGGCAUGAUGGGCUUUGGCAUGCCCAGCUUGGGUGCGGCCAACCUAGCAGCCAUGCACAUGGGGGGCGCAGGCAUGGGAGGGGCAGGCAUGGGAGGCCCAGGGGGGGGCGCGGGAGGGGUGGGCGCAGCGCAGGCGGCGGCGGCGGCGUCGGAGAACGUGUGCAUAAAGAUGCGCGGGCUGCCGUUCAGCGCGGGGCAGGAGGACAUUCUGGCGUUCUUUGAGGGGUACGAGGUGGUGGGGAACGGUGUGCACAUCAUGACGGGGCACAACGACCGCCCCACGGGCGAGGCGUUUGUGGAGUUCGCGUCGGCGGAGGAGGCUGGCCGCGCCAUGGAGCGCCACCGCCAGCACAUGGGCAACCGCUACAUCGAGCUCUUCCGCGUCUCCAAGAGUGAGGCGCUGGUGGCGGUGCAGGGAGGAUCGCUGGCUGGCUUCAAUGUGGCCGGCGCCCUGGACCCCAACAUGCAGCUGCUGCUGCUGCAACAACAGCAACUGCAGGCAGCAGCAGCAGCGGGUUCAUUCGGCAUGGGGGGAUGGGGUGGGAUGGGCAUGGGAGGGGGAGGGGGCGAGGCAUUCUACGGGCGGCAGGGAGGGCCGUCAGGCGGGCAGGCGUUUGACCACUCGCAGCAGAAUCAGUAGAGUGAAAGGCCAUUGCUCUGCCAUCGGUAGUCAUGCCUCCUCAGUUAUCGGACCAGUUAGAUACAUCAACCAUGAUCAACCAUAUAUGAACAGAAAUAGAUGUGUUGCGGGCUUGCAGCCCUACAUCAUGAAUCAUGCAAAAA